GCAAGGAGCAGCAGCUUCCCGGCCUCGGCCCUCGCAGACGGGUUGCGGAGCUUAGUCUGUGGGAAAAUCCAAGAGGGACGGGCACCCUGGGGCUCAGGCUGUGCAGCGCCCGGUCCUCGGUCGCCCUCAGGUGGGGGCGAAGGCCUGUUGAGUCGACCGGGGACCCGCAGGCAGCGUGUGGCGGGCAGGGGCUCCCCGGAGGCCGGCCGGAGCCUCCAGGGAGCGAGGGCGGACAGAGCCCCGGCGAAAGCCAGCUGCCGCCGUCUCGAAAAGUCGACCUCAACCGCAGUCGGCCUAGAUCAGAACACCUGGAAGAUCGGCGUCCCCAUGGAUCAGGUGCCGGCGAGGUGCGCCCCUUCACCGCACCCUACGUGCCAGCUGCGGACCUCUGGGACCCGGAGUGUCGACCCAAAACGGGCAACAAAGGGUUAAAGUCCGGGUCGCAGCUCGGAACCCCAACACGACAGCGCGAAUGCAUCUCAGUGCAUGUGGGGCAGGCAGGUGUCCAGAUGGGCAAUGCCUGCUGGGAGCUCUACUGUCUGGAGCAUGGGAUUCAGCCUGAUGGGCAGAUGCCCAGUGACAAGACCAUUGGUGGAGGGGAUGACUCCUUUACCACCUUCUUCUGUGAAACCGGCGCUGGCAAGCAUGUGCCCCGGGCAGUCUUUGUGGACCUGGAGCCCACUGUCAUUGAUGAGAUCCGCAAUGGCCCAUACCGCCAGCUCUUCCACCCAGAGCAGCUCAUCACUGGCAAAGAGGACGCAGCGAACAACUAUGCCCGUGGGCACUACACCAUCGGCAAGGAGAUCAUCGACCCUGUGCUGGAUCGUAUUCGCAAGCUGUCCGACCAGUGCACGGGACUUCAGGGCUUCCUGGUGUUCCACAGCUUUGGAGGCGGCACUGGCUCUGGCUUCACCUCACUGCUCAUGGAGAGGCUUUCCGUUGACUACGGCAAGAAAUCCAAGCUGGAGUUCUCCAUCUAUCCAGCCCCACAGGUGUCCACCGCAGUGGUUGAGCCCUACAACUCCAUUCUGACCACGCAUACCACCCUGGAACACUCAGACUGCGCCUUCAUGGUGGACAACGAGGCCAUCUAUGACAUCUGUCGCCGCAACCUGGACAUAGAACGCCCUACAUACACCAACCUCAACCGGCUCAUCAGCCAAAUCGUCUCCUCCAUCACAGCUUCCCUGCGCUUCGACGGGGCCCUCAAUGUGGACCUGACGGAGUUCCAGACCAACCUGGUGCCCUACCCCCGCAUCCACUUCCCCUUGGCCACCUAUGCGCCAGUCAUCUCUGCUGAGAAGGCCUAUCAUGAGCAGCUGUCUGUGGCAGAGAUCACCAACGCCUGCUUCGAGCCGGCCAAUCAGAUGGUGAAGUGUGACCCCCGGCACGGAAAGUACAUGGCCUGCUGCCUACUGUACCGUGGAGAUGUCGUGCCCAAGGAUGUCAACGCCGCCAUCGCCGCCAUCAAGACCAAGCGCAGCAUUCAGUUUGUAGACUGGUGCCCCACAGGCUUCAAGGUUGGCAUCAAUUACCAACCACCCACUGUGGUGCCUGGGGGUGACCUAGCUAAGGUGCAGCGUGCCGUGUGCAUGCUGAGCAACACAACUGCCAUCGCGGAGGCCUGGGCCCGCCUGGACCACAAGUUCGACCUGAUGUAUGCCAAGAGGGCAUUUGUGCACUGGUAUGUGGGUGAGGGCAUGGAGGAGGGUGAGUUCUCUGAGGCCCGGGAGGAUAUGGCUGCCCUGGAGAAGGAUUACGAGGAGGUGGGCAUCGACUCCUAUGAGGACGAGGAUGAGGGUGAAGAAUAGACAGCUGCCCGAAGCCUGUUCAUUUAUUACAAAAUACUUUCAAAAUAAAGUCUCCUUGCACG